AAAUAUCACUAGGUCAGUUACAAAGUCGUUUGAUCGAACAGUCGUUCGAAAGUCGCCCGACCGAGCAGUUGAAUACGUAAUCCGGAAGCGUAGUGUCGUAGAAAGCCGAAAAUGACAGUGAUAAAAUUCGCGGGAGACUUUACGCGUUUAAUCAUUCGUUACAAAACAAAAUCAAAAAACAAUCCGUCGGAUGAUGUCGUGCCUUUAAGCGAUGAAGAAAUAUUGUUCACCGUACAUUACGUGCUUCAAGCACUCUCGAUGAAAGGCAUCGAGGACAAGAAUAAUCUAUUAGAGACACCCAAUGGCACAAAUACUGUUGGCACUCCAGAAACUUUGGUCGUAAAUAUCGAAUCAGACAGUGAGGAUGCGUGCAGAUCUCAAGAUGUUCUAUCCGUUUGUACGAAUAAUGAUAUUACUGUUUCUGUCUCACCAGACGCUACUCAAAAAGAACAAGGGCAUUGUUCCAGUAUAGUCCAAAAUGAAAAGAAGUUUGUUUCACGAUCGAAUCCUGCGAUCUGCGUUAACAAAAUUAGUAGGUCUGACACUUUUGUUCACGAAGAAAGCCAAAACAUCAACACCAAAAAGCAGAAAAAUGUUUCCAAAGAUUUAAUACCUGCUAAAACGUACGAUUUACCAGCGAUAAUUGGCAUAUUGACGGAGAUUGUGGAGAUAUUGAGGGAAUUAUUCACCUCAAUAUGAAAGUGUGUUAUGGACCUUACAUUGGAAGUGAAUGAUGUAGAAGAAUUUUUAGAGUCAUUUAUUUUAUAGCAAUCAUUUCCGAUAAAAUUGCCAUUUAUCAAUUCCACAAAAUGAUCGCGACAGGCAAUUUGUGAAACUUUCCUAAACUCACAAUUGUCAGCUAAUGAUGAUUCUAGACUCCGUCGAAAUUCAACUAUAUACAAAACAAAGGGGUCAUCUAACAUUCUCAGGUCAAGAAGUUUCUCAUCAUCGAGAACAUCGACGUCCUCUAAAUUGCGCUUAUCAGAAAAUAAAAAUAUUUCCGAGAGACGUAGAAGUACUGGCGGAAUCCGGUCUAGUGCAUCUGAAAAAUCUGGCAAAUUCAACGUGGGUUCGGUAUCGAAUCUGAGCCUUUUAUCACCACGUAGCACAUCAUCAAGUUUAUCUGACAAAAUCCCAAGUUCGGGAAAAAAUCAUGCAUGAAUGUAUUUAACUCCAAAAUUGUUUCUUAUUGUACAAAUUUGUGUAAUACGCAAUAUAAAGUAAUAUUACUCCGUAGUACUUGUUUGUCCGCGAACUUAUAAUAUAUUUAAAAAGUUUUUAACGAGUUAUUUAUGAAAAAUUUUUUGUGAUGAGUUUGC